CCUCUAUCACACACACACACACACACACAGGUGUGCCUUGUCGUCAAUUUUCCCGCCCCCCCAAUUCCGCCUCUCUGGUCAAAACAAAUUCUAGGGUUUAAACAGACGCUAAAAUUCGAACAGUCUCUUUUAGGGUUUUGCGACCCCCAACCAAAAUGGACAAUUACGACAUAUCGCCGGAGAUUCUGAGAGAAGAACCACACGGCCAGGUGUACAAAGCCACGUUCAAACCCACCGGCGAGACCGUCGUCAUCAAGAAGAUCCCGUCCGACGCUAACUUCCCGAACGGAUUACCUCCCGCCCUCUCCCGCGAGAUUCUAAUCUACCAGAAGCUUCCUAAGUCCGCUUACGUCAUCGAUCGCCGCCACGUGUUCCGCCAGUUCGAGGACGGCGGCCCCGUCUUCUACAUUGUCUACGAGCACCUCGACACCGAUCUCGCCGCCUUCAUCGCCGCCUCCUCCGUCAGUCCCUUGCCGUCCGAUUUGGUCAAGAAGCUUCUCUUCCAGCUCCUCAAGGGCGUCGACCACUGUCACCGUAACGGCGUCCUCCACCGGAACCUAAACCCCAAGAAUCUGCUGCUUGACGAGAAACAACAGAGCCUCAAGAUCGGCGAUGGGAUCAGUCAGUCUUUUGCUUUCUGCUACGAGGCUUUUGUGCCGGAGACGGUCACUCUCUCUUACCAGGCGCCGGAGGUUUUGCUGGGGUCCUCCGAUUUCUCGACUCCGGCGGACAUUUGGGCCGUCGGCUGCAUCUUCGCUGAGAUGGUGACUGGGGAUGUACUGUUUGUCGGAAUCGGUGAUGAUCCUAAUCAAGCUGAUAAGCAGCAAUUGCGUGAGAUUUUCAGACAGCUAGGAAAACCGAUGUUGAAUCAGUGUCCAGGACUCACUUCGUUGCCGGCUUGGGAGACCUACCAAGAAUGGGAAGGGGAAAAGAUGAAAGCUCGGUUCUAUUCGGCAGGAGAUUUGCCAUCGGAUCUGCUGGUAGCUACAGUUUCUUUGGAACAAGAUGGAGCUGAACUUCUAUCGAAAAUGCUUACAUUUGAUCCAGAUGAAAGAAUCACAGCUAAAGCAGCACUGAACCACCCCUAUUUCAAGCAAAUGGACAUCUAAUUCUGGAUGUCAGAACAGUAACAAUGGAAAUAUCGUAGUUGGACUUGAACAAAGCGACAAACUGAACAGGAAAUAGACUGCUUGAGAAGUAGCUGUAUAUAUGGCAGUUCUUAUCUUGAUUGUGUAUAUAUUUUUGAAGUUCACAAUCAGAGCAUAGUACAGGUAGCAAUGGCUAUAUUUUCCAGAUCCUCUGCUAGUUUGGUUCUGUCUGAAAUAGACGAUGCACUAUGCAAUGAAAUGAUUGUGUUCUUGUUUG